CUCAAUCUGCGUCUUGUCAUGGCAAUUUCUAUCAAACAUCUUUUCUUCUUCUGCGCACAAACAACGUGGUUUCAGACGCCUAGACGCCGUGCGUCUCUAUGGUAACAGCCGUCAAUUACAGACGAUUGGCCAACCCGUGGGAAUGUUUUUAUUCCCCGCGUGCAGGGAUUGGUCGGGGGGCGGUCUGAGCAGCUUGACAGUCUGCAGCGUUCCGGGUUAUUGUCAGUCUCGGCAGCUCGGCAGAAGGGCAGGAUCGCGUCCCGGAGCUGCCUGGAGCAGGUAGCUCUUUAUCCAGACCUAAUUCUCUCUCCCUUGGUUGAUAUUCCGAGGAGAGCAGCCCUGAGCUUCCCCAUCGAGGUAACUCCGCGAACCUCAACUGGAAAUUGAAGUCUGAAUCGGGAGGCAAGACAUCGGAGAGACUGCCGACACCGCGGAGAAAGUGACGCACGGAGCAGAGCCGGCUCGCUGGGAUUUUGCAUCAGUUUAGGAUUGUCUCGCCUGCUUCUCUGGCCCGGUUUUGAUUUAUUUCUGGGUGCCAUCAUCUGAAAUAGGCUAUAACCUUACGUUUUUAUCGUUCAUCUCUUCAAAGAUCGUCUAGAGAGCCACGCGUAAAGCUGGAUUUUUGGAAAUUUUUAAAGCCCUUCAAGUCACCAAGUAUUUCUGUUAGGAUUUCUAUUUUGCUUUUUUUUCUAUGGUUACAUUUGGCAUUUUUCUUUUUUUUCUUUCAAUUGUUUUUUGUACUUAGAGGAGAGACAAACCGGUACCCUCUCACUUCUCUUUCUUUCACAGCUUAAACGCUGAAAACCGAAGCGCACUUUGUGCGCAAUCCUAAGGAAACUGCCGACGUGCGCUAUUGCGCUUCACACAGAAAAAUUGGAAACUGAAUUUAAAAAUAAAGAAAAGAUCAAGCUUAUUAGCUCAAAGCCAUAUUGUGGAAUCUAAUUUGCAGGGUUUUUUUUCUCAUCCCAACCCGAUACGAGGAUAAACUUAAACGUUUGACAUCGACGAGGCUGCAUCUGGAUUUGAAGGGGAACAAAAUGAAUCAUUUCUAAUUUAACCCAAAGAAGAUUCAGAGGCAGAUUGCUCUGUGAGUGCAACAAUCUGCAUGGAGUUCUAGUCUGCACUAAGGAGCAAUUUAUGGUUGGCCGCAGAGCUCCCCCGGCUGUAGUACUGUGCCCGUCUCGCCAUGCUGGCCUGUCUGCAGAGGAGGCAGAACCCUCCACCCCAGCACCCUGUGUGCGCCAGCAAGACCCUGGAGGCACCACAAGCCCUUGGACGAAAAUGUGACCUAUCAGUGCCCACACAUUCCCCGCGAUACCCAACUGCAGCAGAACUUGAUGCUUAUGCUCAGAAGACAGCCAACAACCCCCUUUCUAUCAAGAUCUUCCCCACCAACAUCAGGGUUCCCCAGCACAAGCACCUUAACCGGACUGUGAAUGGAUAUGACACCACAGGCCAGCGCUACAGCCCCUACCCACAUCUCCACACGGGGGGCUUCCAGGGUCUCCUUGCAAUUGCCAAGGCCUCUUCUUCAUCAUCUUCGUCAUCUGGAUCCACGUAUGUCUCUUCAAAAGGUGUUCUCAAGAACUCAGAGGGCCGACGGACUAAGCUUUCUCCAGCCCACAUAGCUGUUGCUCCUUAUCCACCCCCUAGCAGUAGCACUUUAGCUGGUGGUCACAGCCAAAUGGUGUACCACAACGGGUCCUCAAAGCCUCCAGAAGGCCCUGGACUGUCGAUUCCCCCCAACGUCACUGUAGCUGGCUCAGUGAUUCCAGUAACGGGGGGGCGGGGCCUGGCCCUGCCCGCACAGUCGAACCUCCCCUCCAUCCAGAGCAUCAUCUAUCAGAUUAACCAGCAUUGCCAGGCCCAGGCUCUGCAGCAGGUGUGUCAGGGGGCUGCCACUGCAACCACAAACGCCAGCCCGUCAAAGCAGGGCGCGACUAUCAUGGGUGUCUCUUCUAGCUCCUCGAGUGGAGGCUAUGUGGUUGGCAUGGCCCCCCAGGCUAACAUGGUGUACCCGGGGCCAGGGAUGCCGGCCCAAACGGCAGAAGCAAUGAAGACCAAUGUGUACACAGAUGGUAUGGACUACAUCUUAUGGCAGAAGCAACAGCAGCAGCAGCAGCAACAACAACAGGCUGUGCUCCGCAUGUACAGUGGAGGGAGUGGAGGAGGGGGUGCCAUCAGCAAGUCCCCAGAAACCUGUGUGGCAGGUGGAGGGAUUAUGGCAGCCCAGGUGUCCUCAUCCUCAUCCAGACCUUACCAUCUAACAGCCAGCGCCAGUGGGGGAGGGGGGCUGGAAAAAGUCAGCUCCUCCCCUUUGAACUGCGUGGGCAUGCAUGGGAAUUUUUCCGUGGGUCAGUACUUUGCGCCCCCUUGGAACAGUGUGCUGGUGACGCCCGACAGUGACUGCUACAACCCGCAGGAGCUUUUGGGCACUUCCACAGGAGGGCCCUCCACGGGCCACAGAGAAAUGGGCUACCCUCUCCACCAUCACCACUACCACCACCACCACCACCCUGCCAUAGACAGCGGGGGAGGCCUGUGCUGCAGCCUGCCCAGCAAGAGCUUGUGCAACACAUCAGUGCUGAGCAGCAGCUUGCAGUCUCUGGAGUACCUGAUCAACGACAUCCACCCACCCUGCAUCAAGGAGCAAAUGCUUGGCAAAGGCUACGAGACUGUGUCAGUGCCUCGUCUGUUAGACCACCAGCAUGCACACAUUCGCCUCCCUGUUUACAGAUAGAGGGAAAAAGCUGAAGGAGAAGAAGGAUCAAGAGUUGUGAAUUUAUGAAAUAAUUCAGAUUUAAAGAACAGACAUGUAUUUGGGUUACAGAAUAGAUGCGAGUGCCACUGCUGUAAGUAGUGCAGGAGAUGAGAGAGAAGCUGUUGCUGUGCUGUGUGACCCUAGAAUCGAUGGUUUCGAGGCAGGCGGUGGGAAUCCUGUACACAAAGGGUAGUAGUUGUUGCCUGGAAGGAAAAGGGAUUUGAACAUUCUCCUGAUGUUCCAAGUGUGUGGUUUGCCAAUAGGAUUUUAUGGAUUGAUUUAUUUGAUUUUCUCUCAUUUUUUUGGUUGUUUUUCCCGCUUAAACUUUGAUUUGUCUUUUUUUCAGAUAGCUUGACAUGAAGUGCAAAUGCCACUUGUAUUCCGCUUCCAGUACUACGGUUGAAGCUACUGUGUAGGUUGUCACUGAAAUGGUCUAAAAAAGGGCCAAAGUUGAGGGCUGCUCUUGAAAUCCAAAACUCUGUACAUGUGUACAUGUACAGAAUGUACUGGCAAGCAAGGAGAAGGAGAUGAUCACGAGUACUUUGGUGUUUUGAAAAAGGAUCAUGAGGUUGACUUUAAAAGAAUAGUACAAUAUUAGUAAUUGUUGCUGUUAUAAUUGAUACGUUAAUUGCACUGCUUGAAUUUUGUUAACUUUGAAGUUUGGAAUUGGAUAGUUUGGAAAUGAUAUAUUUAAGAAACUUGAAAAACUUGAACCUAUUUUUUGUUUGAAAUAUUUGUAGGUAUAUACUAUGUAUUGGCUGCUAUGGGGAAAAGUAUCUCAAAUGUGUUUUUUUUUUCCUUCAGUUUAAUUAUUUUCCACUUUUUUUUAAACUUAAUUUAAUAAUUUCUCUUCAAGCUGAUGUGCAGUCUCUAAUGUCCCGGCGUGAGGCAAAGCUGCUGCUUCGGUUCAGUAAGAACCUGUCUGGAGAGCUCCUUUUUUUUCCUAACCAACACUGGAAUCUACAAUAAAUCUUGAAAUGCUUAUUUAAAAAGAAAAUGUUGCAAAAAAAAAUUAAAAAAGAAAGAAAAAAAAUGUUACAAUGAAGAAUGUGAUUGGGAGGUUAUCAUUAUAACCUUACAUGUAUGGUAAUCAGCGUGUGGGGCUGAAUGCAUGUGAGUGUGCGUGCUUUUUCUAAUUGUGUUCUCCAAAAUCCUCAGACUUUUUUUUUCUUUUUCAUCGUUUCAUCACAAGAUUUUUACCACUAAGACUGACAGACUGAUUCCCCAAGUCUAUGGACAUUACUACAGAGUAAUGUCCAUAGAUUUGCUUGCAAUGUUCUUUUAUUGGAGGCUUUCAAGUUUCCGUAGAGACUGAAUUCUCCUAUGACUCUGAUAUUGCUGUAGUUACAGCACUGCAGGCGUUUCUUUUGACCGAAAGUGACAAAAAAAUAACAACAAAAAACAAAUUAGAGCAUAUUUUUUGGGGUGCUGUCCACCUCUGUUCUUACAAACAAAAAUGAAAUGAAAACAAUCACGCUCCGUCCUGCGGCAUCAAAUGAAACGAGACCAAACUCACUGCUUUUUGCCUCUGCAGCCCUGGGUUGUUAUGUGUUUAGCCCAGGCCAGUUAUGACUUGAUGAAUCAGAGCAGUGAAAUAUUUAUUAUGACUGUGAGAUUCCCUUGAAUGUACUGCACUUAAAUUACUGCAAUGUUUUAUUGCCUUGUGGGACUCAAGUGAAAGAGAAAAAUUGGAUCAGUGCAGCAGUCCUCUGGUCUUAAAUUAGCAUUUCUUUUGUCAGUCAAAUUUCAGUGGUAAAUUCAAUUUAUUAACUGGAGAGAGGGAGAGAACACGAGCUUUGUUGUCGGGAAAUGCUGGCAUCAGUCGAGAUUUAUGAAGUGCAAUUAUUAUGACUGUAUUAACAUUUUUUUCUCUGAGCUACACCAAAAAAAAAAUGUAAGCUACAGUUGUCAAUACAUUCCCAGUGUACUACAUCCCCAUUUUUUUCUUUUUUGUUUGGUGUUUUAUUUUUGGUGUAAAAUAAAUGUCUUUAUUAAUACAUUCAGAAGCCACAUCCUGGCUUGGAAGUCUGUGAUUAUUUUGUUAUUCAUCCUUUGGAAGUCAGUGGACGGACGGUUGGGCCUGCAUUUAUUAAUCAUUAAUAGAGCAUGAUGGGUAAUCAUGUCGACAUAUUUUUACAGUUUAUUGAUCAUCAAGGUAACACUUUGGUCAUCCAGCAAUAAAGAAGAGAUAAAUUGCUAGAAAAGGAAAUGUUCACACCCAUUUGGUCCUUAAACUAGAUUUUAUUCUUAGAAAAAAAAAAAAAAAUCGCAGGAAGAUGAAAAAGUCAUGUUUCUUUGAUCAUCUUUACUCCCCAAACAGACAAACCUGCCUUCAUCUUAUCUGCGAGCCUUAAAUUUUGAGCCAAUGGCUAUAUUGUCUUUGAAAGCUGACAGAGAUUUCAGACUUAAGAACACCAAGCUCCUCGGCUUAAAUUUGCACAGUAAGCUUCUUUAACAUUCCAGUGAAAUUUCUCAUGUUGUUUCAACAGCCUAAUGCUUCAGCCACAAUCUGAUUCCUCUAUAUUGUCUGUCUCCAAAAAAGAAAAAAAAUAUUUUGACAGAUUUACAGAUACAUCCCGUCCCUAAAUCCCUUCCGUUUGGCUUCUGCGUCCAAGCAUUAAACCCUGUCACAUGAUGUUGAAUGUGAAGAGGAGACACUUGACUUGAGGCAGUGUGUCUGGCCUCUCCCACCGGUGGAAGUCUGAGGCACCGAGCCCCUCUGCUAAUGGGAAUAUUGGGUGACGUCUGGCUACUAGACACUUCCAGCAGAGAGAAUUCAUCCAGUCAAAGGGUUGAAAUCAAACCCCCUUCAAAUGGCAAAGGGAUUCCCAUGAGGUACUGAGAGGAAGCUGGCUGUUCUGAGACAAGAAAAAAAAAAUCACAAUACAACUUGAUUGUUUCAAAGAAAUAUUGCUGACACAGCAAGUUUAUGAAAGCCUUUUUUCCCCAGCAAGCCUUGAAACACUGGUUCAUUCAACUCAUCCUGAUCUGGUCCAUGGAUGCUUAGCCCAUAUUAGGGAAACCAAACGGCAUUUCAAAUAGAUUUGUGGCUGAGCUGAUCGAAGCAUGGCUCAUUCAGCUGCAGAGGCAGAGUGGCAUAUGGCAUGUCAUUAUCUAGGCCUGCACUCCCCCUGUCUGGGGCCAACAGGGUUCAGCGGUGCUUAAACAAACUGAAGGUUAGGACUGGCUGGCUGGCGUCGGAGAGAAGGACGGCGGAGUUUGGAUGGUGGGGGUGACUGUUGUUAAAUCACAGCCUCCAUCCGUGGUGUCUCGGAGGGUCUCAAGCGCUGCGGAGUGGCGUCUGGACUCUCAGAGCUGCAUUAAAAAGCGAGGCUAAGUUUGAUUGAAGGGAUUUGUUUUCUGUUAGAUUAAACAUGCACGCCUCCUGCAUGGAUAUGAGCAAUGCGACAAAUCUCCAUGAAAUAAAACACAAUGAAAAGAGGAAAAAAAUCCUCUCAAGCAUCGAUAAUCAGCAUGUUCUUUUAGUGUGUCUGAAUCUAUAAAUUCUUCUUUUUAACUAACUCUUGACUACAUAGACAAAGAAUUUAAGGCGGUAAUCAGACAAUGGUAAAUCACGCCAACCCCACAUGAAUGAGGACAUUCAAAAUCUAUAACUUAUCUCUUGGGCUACAGGCUGUUAUCGACUGUUAACAUUUUUUCAAGGGCAGAGAGAUGCUCACGAGGAUGGCUGGAGGGCAAAGUGGAGAGGAAUUGACUAAUGCAGGUUGUAAAAAUCCCUUAGUAAAUCCCAAUAAGUCCAUGAAGACCUUUACCCGGUGCAAAGGUCUAGUUGCAUAUCAUGCACCUUAAAUACUGCUUAAUAGGACGGGGAAGAGUCAGGCCGCUCAAAGCGGGGUCAGCUCCUCCGCGCUGUGAUCAGAAGGGGACGAGGAGGGAGGGUGAGCAAAUAAUAAAGACAGCUGCUCACUCUGUAGUCUUGGCACUGCUGCUUUAACCUACACAUGGUGGCGGAGUGGGUGAGGGGGCUUCAUCCACAUCGCUUUGGUCAACCUCACUCAUGUCCCCUGGCUGCCCUUGGGCCACUGGGGCUCUCAUCUCACAGGUUUUCCCAGCAUCCCUCCUUGACAUCUAAGGUAGCAUAAAUUCAUGAGACCAGUCCUCUCCAUUUGGCUCAUACCUAGCAAGAGAAUAUUUUAAUCAAUAAUUCAGAUAUUCCUGAGGAGGCUUGUACGGUUAAUCCACCGGCUUCCUAGCUGCGUUGCAUGACGUUUCUGAGCACAGUUAAAGAUUUUUUUUUGUUGCUUCAGUUCAUAGGUAAAAUUCCUCCCCAGGUGGAUCAGUCAGCUGCAAAUUAUUGUAGCUAUUAAUAUUUAUUCAAAAUGUCAAGAGGUAAAAAAUCAGCAAAAUGAUUUCAUGUUUUUUUUUCUGUUUUUAAAAAGGUGGUGCAGCAGGACGCAUGACCAGGAGCUUACAGCGUUAUAUCUCUAGCGUUUGUAUGUUCAGCUGCAAAAGCUUACGGUCUCCACAUUUUCAUUUGUUUUAUGUGCCGGGUAUAUUACUGAAUUCAAUCUAAACACAAAAGUCUGGGGAUUUUGCUGUUUUUUUUUUUUUUUCUCCUUCUGAUUCAUUUUACUGUUUGUGAGGCUUUUUGAAUGUUUCCAUGGACAAACAGGGCUGUUUUUUUCCCAGAUGAUCUCAAGUGCACCAAUGUUGCCAAAGUCUGAGGGUGCUGCAACCUUGAGAAAAUAAUAUAUAUGGAAAUGGGAAAAAAAAUCUAAGAAGCAUCUUUCUUAUUGUUCUCCCUGCAGUGCUGUGUUUAAAAAUGGUUUUGUCUCCUCAGGAUGAAAAAAUGUAAACAAUAUCCUUGUUUUCUUUUCCCUUUCUUUGAAAAUGAUAAUAUAUGAGUCUUAACUUUCAAAAUAAAAAGUCUGAGUAUAUUUAAAAAGCUGUAAAAUCCUGUAGUGGUGGGGUUUUCAACUUUUGAACGUGCCUACUGCCAAGCAUCCCAGUGAUUGCUUAUCCUCUCCAGUUCUGCAAUCUUCCCACAUCAUCUUUGAUUCGCUGAAACUGCCACUGUUCCUCCUCCAUCCUAACAAUCGCAGUAGUCUGCUUUUUGUUGAUCUCAGGACUGAAAAUUCUUUUAUUUAAUGUACAUGUUUUCAUUUGGCCUCUUAUGUACUAUUGUUUGACAUGAAGAAAUAAAGCAGAUGACUUCUGGGUCU